UUCCACUGUCCUACCAUCUCUCCUUGCAACCGAGACAUCAUCUCAUAUUCCUCCACUCCAAUCUCCUUCCCUCCCCUUUCUCGGUCCCCAUUCAGAAAAUUGUUAUAUCAAUUCAAAUGCGCCGUUCCAACAGCGACUGAGAGACUGGGAAAUGACUACGGCUAUAACAACGGGUACCGGACGGCGUUCUUCGUUACAGCCGACAGAAUUGCAAAUACCGACAAGAGCGCCCAGCGCACAAUUGAUGACGAGCCCAGUGGACAAGUUCCCAGCAUUCGGCGACGAGCUUUACGACUCACCGAAGACGAAAGAGCCCGAUGCGAACCCUACGCCACCAUAUACACCGAACAAUCGCUGGGCACCGAGAAAAGCUGGCUAUGCGAGUCGAGAUUUCGCAAAUGGGUCGCUCAGGAACCCAAAGCAGAGGUCGAGGAAGAGUAUUAGCGAGGCCAUUAGCACUAUUCGGACUCGCAAUGCCAGUGUGAGCGCCAACGCACAGGAAUUGGCGCAGGCUCUCAAAGCGCCAGUCUCAUAUAGAUUGAUCACUCUAUGUCUUAUUUGGUACAUGACUUCGGCGCUCACGAACACAUCGUCUAAAUCCAUUCUCAACGCCCUGCCGAAACCGGUCACUCUUACAGUUGUACAGUUCGCAUUUGUGGCAUUCUGGUGUCAACUACUCACCCGCCUUUCGAACUCACUACCUUGGCUCAAAAAUAGCAUUCCGGCUCUCAAAAACGGCAUUCGACAGCCUUCGCGUGAAGUUCUCAUGACUGCUUUACCCCUGGCAGUAUUUCAGCUGGCUGGCCACAUACUUAGUUCUAUGGCUACUUCACAGAUACCAGUUUCUUUGGUUCACACCAUCAAGGGGCUUUCGCCUCUUUUUACGGUACUAGCGUACCGCGUGGUCUUUCGCAUUCGAUAUGCCAAAGCCACUUAUCUGUCGCUCAUUCCACUGACCUUGGGCGUUAUGCUCGCUUGUUCGACGGGAUUUUCCACCAAUUUCUUCGGGAUCUUGUGCGCUUUAGUUGCGGCUAUAGUAUUUGUGUCCCAGAAUAUCUUCUCCAAGAAGCUCUUCAAUGAAGCUGCGCGGGCUGAGUCGGAAAUGCAGUCGUUAGGUCGAACCAAGUUGGAUAAGCUCAACCUGCUUUAUUAUUGCUCUGGGUUAGCCUUUAUCUUAACGCUACCCAUUUGGUUGAUCACUGAGGGGUACCCCUUAUUCUCGGAUAUAGUCCAGGACGGGUCAAUCUCUCUUUCGGAAAAGAAAGGAUCCUUGGACCAUGGUGCACUUUUCCUCGAGUUCGUGUUUAAUGGGGUAUCCCAUUUUGCGCAGAAUAUUCUUGCAUUCGUUCUGCUGUCGAUGGUGUCGCCCGUGUCUUAUUCGGUUGCAUCGUUGGUGAAGAGGGUGUUCGUUAUUGUUGCCGCAAUCAUAUGGUUCGGCAACUCGACCACUUCGCUGCAGGCUGUUGGGAUUGCCCUUACUUUUCUUGGACUUUAUCUUUAUGAUCGCAACAGCCAUGACGACAUGGCAGAUCAGCGAGCCAACUCUGAUCACUUCCGCACGAAAGGAAGUGUUCUCCCGCUGAAUUCUCAAACUAAUAAAGCAUGGGACUCGAAUGGUUAUUCAUUCCCCGCGGAGAAAACUCCCGAUCGAUCACCAUACUACCCGGAUAAUCUUCCUAUACCGAAUCAUCCCAAGAAGGAGGACGACGAGCCAAGUCGUGCUCGCACAAGAGGGAAUAGCAAUGCCAGGACAUGGCUACCUCCUGGUACAAAGCAAGAAACAACCUGGCAAGCAAAAGAUUCUUAGUGCGCAGGCUUUACUAAUUGAGUCCUAUCUCAUUGUACCAUAUCAUGGCAUUAUAACGUUGAUAUUAUUACCAGGCUAGUCUGUUUUGCAUUUUACACAUUUUUCCCCAUCCGUUUCUUUCAUUCAAUUGUACAAUAUUCGGCGAUAUAAUGGAACAAUAAAACUUAAGACCCGAGCGAUGAGCAUGGCGUGGAGAUGUGUCGACGUUGGAGCAAGAUAUAGUAUUUUCUGAAUUGGCACUUUGUCCUGACG